AUGGAAUAAUAAUAGAAUCGAAUGAAUUUAUUUAUAAUAUUUUAAACAUAAAAUCUCAGUAUUUAUUCUAAUCAUGGAGUUAAUAAAAGUAUAUAUUAAAAAUAAUAAAAAAAAUCAGGUGUCACGAUGACAUCAUACUAUUUUGAAAUGCAAGAAUUUGAGGCAAGUUAUCAUGAUGUAAAUUAAGCAGCUUUAAUCUUUUAUGAAGACACAGGUGGUAGUCAUCAGGAUACAGAUAAGUUUUUGAAUUGGGAAGAAGAUCUGAUCUAAAUAUCAAAGUCAUCUCCCUCUCAAAGAGACUACAAAAAAAACAUCUGUAGAAACAUAUUAAGAUAAGCUGUUAAAUCUAUGAGAAGAGGAAAAUAGUUCGAAUUUCUAUAAAUGGAACUGUAGAAAGAAACCUCUCAUUUUAUAGAUUAUUACCAGAAAAAUUUACAUAGCAUAAAUGGAUUUAGAAGCCUCAAAAAUUAAUUAAUCAUUGAUUAAAAGGACACAUCUGAAUUAAAAUUGUGGAAACGUGUCUUUUAGUCAUAUAUGGUUUGGUUCUUGAAUAAAAGAGCUUCUCUCUUCAUUUUGAAUGGAGAAGCCAAUAACUUCAAAGAAUACCUAAGAUUCAAAAAUGAAGUUAUGUUGUUUUACACAUAAUUUCCUGAACAAUGGUGUUCAAAUGAACCAUCCUGGAAAAUUUGUAAUUGAUU